AUCUGACUCGAUGAAAUACGAUGGCUGUGGCUUCUGUCACUUUUAUUUCGUCUCUCUUUCAUUCUAAAUAUCAGAUAUGCCACGAAAGAAGCAAACAAAGUUGGACAUUCCAAAAACUCGCCGCCAUAUUAAACAAAAAAAUAAGAAAACUGUUCAAGAUGAUAUUGUCCAAAUUGGUGGUAGCGCCAAGCAAGGAAUCCACCAAGAGCAUCUGGAUGAAACAGAUAAAAUGCUGAGGGCAUUUGAUCUAAAUUAUGCGUAUGGACCAUGUGUCGGCAUAAAAAGAAUUGACCGUUGGGAACGAGCUCGUCAGCUUGGGUUGAAUCCGCCACCGAUCAUCAAAGAUAUACUAAUCAACGAUCAGACUAACAAAAAUGCUGAGUCGCUAUUUAAUCAGUUCAGAAUGAUUUAA